AUGAAGCUCACAGAUGGUGUUCUGCGGAGCUUCCGCGUAGCCAAGGUGUUCCGUGAGAACACAGACAAAAUUAACAGCUUUGACUUCAGUGUCAGUGGUGAGACAGCUGUCUCAAGCAACAGUGACGAUACCAUCACUCUGUAUGACUGUCAGGAGGGCAAACCGAAGAGAACCCUGUACAGUAAGAAAUAUGGCGUAGACAUAAUUAAAUACACACGGGCAGAAAGCACUGUAAUAUAUAGCUGUAACAAAAUAGAUGAUGCAAUCCGAUACCUCUCAUUGCCUGAAAACAAAUAUAUUAGAUACUUCCAUGGGCACAAGAAAACUGUGGUGACCUUAUCCAUGUCACCAUCAGAUGAAACCUUUAUCUCUGGGUCUAUAGAUAAAACCGUCCGACUCUGGGAUCUUAGAUCUCCUAACUGCCAGGGCUUAAUGCAUCUCCAGGGAAAGCCAGUUUGUUCAUUUGACCCAGAAGGGUUAAUUUUUGCAGCUGGAGUCAAUUCUGAAAUGAUUAAGCUUUAUGAUCUUCGCUCUUUUGAUAAGGGACCAUUUACAACCUUCAGAAUGGAACAGAAUAAGACCUAUGAGUGGACGGGCUUAAAAUUUAGCAAGGAUGGCAAACACAUCCUAUUAUAUACCAAUGGCAGCUGUUUCCAUGUAGUUGAUGCCUUUAAGGGAAUGGUGACACAUAUUUUUUCAGGGUAUAACAACCACCAAGCCCUCUCAUUGGAGGCUGCCUUCACUCCAGAUUCUCAGUUUGUUAUGAUUGGGUCUGAAGAUGGUAAGAUCCAUAUCUGGAAUGGAGAAAAUGGAGAUAAAGUGGCUGUAUUGGAUGCAAAACACACAGGUCCAAUAACCUGCUUACAGUUCAAUCCUAACUUCAUGACCUUUGCCAGUGCAUGUUCUAACAUGUCAUUCUGGCUGCCUACUAUUGAUGACUAA